AUGGAGGUAAAACAAUUCUUCUUUGUGUUUUUUAACGGUUCAAAACUUUCCCUUUCCUUGACCGUGACCGUUAAUUGCUGGGGAUCCGAAAACAAUUUGGAUGCGCAAACUUGUUAGCCUUUAUUACUUCUUGCGCUGUCUUUACUUUUAUGGCAAUCCUUUUUUUCUUUAUACAAUUACCGCAGAUCCAAGUUUCAUUCAGUUUCAUUGCGUAAUUAGAGGAAGAGUUUUCGUGUCUUUGUUUAAUGAAGAAAGCGCAUAAAAUAAGUAAUGAGGCACAGGGGUUUGAUGACAUUCGGUCAGUAGAUUAAUGUCAUAAGUAACGUGUUUGCGAUCAUCUUUUUUUGCGUUGUAUGGCGAUGUUGUUGUAGACCUGUUCACGCGAAGAUUCUGCUGAUAAAAAGGAUGCAAAAAGAAACAAUGAAGCGCCGACAAAACAAGCCCUCCGGGCGUUCGACGUUUUGCUUAACAACAAGAAAAAAGAACGUGGAGAUUACGCAAUGGAAUCAAAGGGAAAGGAAGAAGGAGAAGAUCGGGCCAAGAAGAGAUCCGAUGCCGUUCCCACCGAAGCCGACAUCUCCUGA